AUGCAGAAACCCAGUAGCGCAGCGCGCUCAGAGUUUAUCGUAGGAGGGAAAUACAAAUUGUUACGGAAGAUUGGCAGUGGCUCAUUUGGUGAUAUCUACCAAGGAAUUAACAUUACAAAUUGCGAGGUUCGUAUAUGUAAUAUACGGGGUCGUAUAUCAAUAUUGAAACUUCUGUUCAAGUGUACCCUCCUGCCAUAACUUGUAUACACCUUACUUUUAUUGGCUUUUUCAAAAUUCUCGUGUGUUAAUUAAAUUCUUAGAAAGACAUCUCACAGCAAGAGAUCCAGAACCCUUGAUAUUGGGCAAGAGGGCCAUCUUUGUAAGGGAACCUUAGGUAUCCUUCCUCCAGGAAAUAAUAUUCUACAAAUUUCAGCCAUCUUCUAUGCCAUGAGAAGCUUAUAAGCUUAAUUUUCGACCCCACAUCUUUAAAAGGAAACCUCCACUGUCACAAACGUUUAUGACUUAACUUUUUAUUCCCUUCCCUAUAAAUCAAUUGAAGAGUUCUAAACUGCAAACUUUUUUCUGCUCAAGGCGGGAAUAAAACAUUUUGAAUCCCCCGGAUUAUCGAAAUGAUUGUCAGCCACUUUCACUUUUAAAAUCCCACUUGCUGCCAUUUUAUACCUACUAACUUAUUCUGAGUCAACUGCAUAAAAUUUUCAUCUUAUCAUGACCAGGAUUUGUGUAAAUGUCCCAGUGACUUCAGAAGCACUUUUAAAUGUUGCUGAAAAUAUACAGCUAUUUCGAGGAAGGUUGUCUUAAAAAAUGUGCCCGCGACAACCCCGAAAGGUAAUAUGGGAUAUGAUCAAUACACUGUUUUGAACGACUGUAGCUGUUGAACCUACUUUUGUUGCCUUCCAUGAACACUCGCAAACAUAUGUCCAUGGCCCUCAAGCUAUUCUUUCAAAUUUCUCUGGAGAACAGGGCAGACAAAACCACCCACAAUAGCUUUCGGGAUUGUCGCUUGCACUUUUUCCGACACCCUUUCUUGAAACAGCUGUAUGUCCAAAGAUGUUCUGACAACCUUUGAGCACCUGCGAAGCUAUUUAAAAGGUAACAAUUUUGGCGUGUUGUGAUUCGCAGUUAAGGGACAAAGUCAUCAGUAAGCACCUUUUUGCAAAAUUUUGGAGAAACUGAAUUGAAUUUUCGUUAUCAAUCAUUUGUUAAAGAACUAUUCGUCCAAAUUUGUGAGCAGGCGUGAGAAGUUGUCCUUGAUGCAUGAGUUUGAUGUCUUUAGGCCACAGGUGUGAGACUCAACACAUCAACCAAAUGAUAUGAUAGUCACAAAUCUGAAAAUGCAAACAUAACAAUGAAAAUAGGCGAUUUCCUAUCGUUUUGUUAAUUUCUUUUUCAUGAAGCCUUCUUUUCAUGUGUUCCCUAUCAAGAUAAAAACAAGUACUUAAACCUGCCAACUCACGUGCAUUAGUUAUGCAUGUCUCAGACGCCUGCAGAUUGAGGACGUCAAUCAUAAGCAUACAGGUUACUUCACAUGCAUAACCCAUAAUUCCAGACUACUUGUUCAGUGACUAUUAACAUGAGGUCCAUGCAAAAAUGUCCAGUGAACGGCACAAAAUGUCUCGUUUAAUCCUAAAUCAUAACCUAAGGUCUUACAAUACCUCGUCUUGGUAUUUUCGCUAAGAUAUGCCUGAUCUUGGCAAGAUGGCACCAAAAUUUGGUGCUUUGCACUGCUACAUUCGGCAACCUUUGGAAAUCCUGGGAACAUCUUUGGAAAUCUUUGGUAAUAGUCACAUUUGACUAAGGAAAAGUACACAUUACUCACUGUAUACUUCACUUACAGGAAGUGGCUGUGAAACUUGAGCAUCACAAAGCAAGGCAUCCUCAGUUGCUUUAUGAAUCUAAACUGUAUAAAAUAGUGCAAGGAGGAAUUGGUAUUCCUAAAAUCAGGUAUGAUAAGUACUAGACAUCCCACUGAAUAAACACCAUUCAUCAAAUGCAAAGAAUGACACCAUAUCCAAGGGAUAAAAUACCACACCUUGAUUAGUCUUUACAACUGGCUUAUAACUUGUUGCACUGCAAAUGUGAAAAAAAAGAUGCUUAGCAUCAUCUUGAUCAUCAUCGUCAUCAUCAUCAUCAUCAUCCUAUUUAUUAAUUUUUACUUAUUUUGCCACCUUAUUAUGAGAUAGUAAUAAAUUACAGGAAUUCAUCAGAAUAUGGCAAGAAAGCCCAAAGAAACCAUGAGGCUUAAUCAACUAGGCUUUCCCUGUAAAAUUAUAAAUGAUAAACGUGAUAUUAAUUUAAUGAACAGCGAAGGCAGAGUGGCAAUAAUACGAAGGAGUAAGGUAUCAAAAAAAAAGAGAGAAAGAAAAAAUAAAUUUUAUAAAUGGAUAAAGACAAAACACAAAGCUGACAAAGGGGGAUGGAGGGAAAUGAAGAAGUUAAGUAACAAGGUGCUUCUUCAGUUUUUUCCUAAAAGUUGAUAACAAACUGAGCUUAGAAUGUGUGGACUAAGUGAAUUAAAAAACAAUGAACCUGAUUCCUUCAUAUAAAAGUGUUAUUAAAUAUAUAUAUCUGAUAACAACCCACUUUUAUAUUGAAACAUUACUUUACCUAUUUCUGUUUGAUACAUAUCAUUUAGCAGUAAGAUGCGAAGAUUCUUAAAUAUUGGGUCUGUAUGAGCAUCAUAACAAGAUUUGAUGAUGAUUCUCAGAGCUAGUUUUUGCAGCAGUAUGAGGCAUUUCAUCAUCAUGAUUCUCACACUACUAGUUUGUAUUAAGGUGACCUUGUCUCCUCAAGGGAUCAAGCUAUAUCCCAAUCUUAUUAUUAUUAUUAUUAUUAUUAUUAUUAUUAUUAUUAUUAUUAUUAUUAUUAUUAUUAUUAUUAUCAUAAUUUUUUUAUUAUUGAUAUCAGAUGCUCCGCUUUUAUGAUUGGCUAAAUGUAUAAUAUAUAUAGUGAUUUAGUUUAUGCAAGGCUGGUGUUUAUUUCAAAAUCGUAUUUCUUCAGAAAGCCAUUAGUAUUCAGUAGGCAUUUACUUUGUCCAAAUAUUAUUGACUGCACAAAUUUAGUCCUUUAAAGUGCCAAGAGUGAUGAACACUAGUUUUCUCCCAACAAUAUCAAUAUAUCAUCAAGAGAAAAUGUUAUGAGAAUUAAUGGAAUGAUCACCAAAGGAAAAUGCUUUAAUCUUUUAUCGAUUUCUAUCUCAAUAAAUUUGGUAAGGAAAUGUAUGUGGAUAUUUGUGCUUAAAGGGUUAAUCAAUUGUAACAGGGUGCAUAGAAAAUCAUUUUUACAGCUUGCCAUUUCAGCGUGCAAAGAAAGUACUGUCCGAUAGCCUGGGGCUAGUGGAUUUUGCUAUCGGGCUAGUGAAUUCUGUUUUUAACUUGCCCGAUGGGCAAGUGAUGUUUUAUGAGGAAUUUGAAUAACAGAAGAACAAAAAGCUUUUGGGGCUAGUUGAAAUGACGUCUGGGCUAGUAAAUGCUAGCUUCAGCUUGCCCAAAGGGCAAGCUGUAAAAGUGAUUUUCUUUGCACCCUGCAUUUGGGCCAGCUGAAGCUAACAUUUACUAGUCCAGACGUCAUUUCAACUAGCCCCAAAAGCUUUUUGACAAGCAGAAUUGAUUUCACAGUUCUUCUGUCAUUGGAGUUCCUAAAAAAACAUCACUUGCCUGUUGGGCAAGUUAAAAACAGAAUUCACUAGCCCAAUAACAAAAUUCACUAGCCCCGGGCUAUCAGACACUACUUUCUUGGCACGCUGUGUAAGAACCGUUAUUAAAUUAUUCCCUGUAAAACUCAGCAUUCAAUCAUUUAUCCUUCAGCUAUUGCAGUAUUAUUGGCUUCGAAAACUGGAGUGUUAGAUGCAUAGUAAUAACCAUAAUAAAUGAUUAUUGUGUGCCACUCAUGACUUAACAGUCCUUUUAAAAUAAUUUGCUUUUGUUGUUAUGUUUCCUAAACAGAUGGUUUGGCCAGGAAAAGGAAUACAAUGUGUUAGUGAUGGACUUGCUGGGUCCCAGUUUAGAGGACCUUUUCAAUUUCUGCCAAAGAAGUUUCACAAUGAAGACUGUGCUGAUGUUGGCUGAUCAGGUAAGAAUGGUAGAUAAUUUUUGAUUAUAGCAAGGGGCUACAUGUAUUUUAUGAGGAUAUUGAUAUUGUUUUAGGUCAUUUCUGUGGUAAAUUCAUUACCUAUCCAGAAACAAAAUUGUCCUGUGGGUGGUAGGGGUGGGGGGGGGGGUUAUGAAGAUGGUAUAAAACAAAUUUCAUCAGUGAGCACAAACUGUGAUAUUUUUGGUGUGCUGGGCGACUAGGAGCUAAGCCUUGUAUAGCGUUAAUACUGCCCUUUUUUUCUCAAGUUUUAUUUCAUUUGCGUCCUUGUCAUCCAUAGCAACAGAUGAAACCAAUAGCCAAAACUGUAUUAUUAUUAGUAUUAUUUUAUUAUUCUUUCAAAAUAUUUCCAGCCUCAAAGCAUGCUUACCUUAAUGCCAGGAAUUUCCUGUUUUCAAAUUGUCUUUGGCAGUUUCAGGAUAUGAAGGAAUGUUUAUUCUAGCAGGUUAAAAUAAUAAUAAUCUUCAAAUGACAGUAACUGUUGUCAUCCAUUAAAUGUUUUUGAGGCAUGAAUUUGUUAUUUUCUCUUUGCUUAUUCGUAAAUAUCUUGCACCAUUUGUCUAUCAUCUUUUUGUAGUUACCCCACAAAGCAUUGUAGUCGUGGCGUAUGUUGACACUAUUAGAGUCUAUUAGUCUUCUUAUCAUAACAAAGGGUUUUAAUGUCAGUGGCAAUACGUUUUUCUUCAAAUGCAUGUAAGCAGAUUGACGCUGAAUUUUUGUGAUUUGGGCUACUUGUAGGAAAAUGAGUGAAUCAGGUUCCUUUAGGGCAGACAAAAUAAGACGAACUGGAACCCAAUUAGGAUGAGUUCUUUUAAGUACUAAGACCAGAAUUCAUUUCUUUUUUCUUUCAUAUUUGAAUUUGGUAAUCCCAGUGAGGAUUAAAUAACAAAAGCCCCAAUUUGCUCAAGAAAGCAAAAACUGGAAGGAUUCUGGUAGUAAUAGUAUACCGUAGUAGUAGUAGUAAAAUGACGCCAUUGUGCAAAUGAUUUUGCAUGGUGGUUCGCAGUAACUGUGGAUACCUCAUGGUGUUUCUUGCUCAUGAGGGUAGGGCAGGCUGCACCCAACAUUUCACCAGCUGGUCUUCAAGUUUCUUCUAACCAAAAAAUGUUUUCUUCUUCCAGAUGAUCGGUCGCAUUGAAUAUUUCCACAAUAAAAAUUUCAUUCAUCGAGACAUAAAACCUGACAACUUUCUCAUGGGCACUGGUAAAAAUUGUAACAAGGUAUGCCCUAUUAAAAUGUUGAUAGUACAGCUGGGGCCAAUUUAAUAACACUUUUACAAGUGUGCCUGUUGUUUUUGUGUCUACGAACAAUAGCUGCAUUUGUAAAUUACACUGGUAAUAGUUUUAUUAAAUGGACUCCUGUUUGUUUACAGAUGUCACUGUUUCCAGACUGACAUUAGGGUACUUUUUACAAUUUGUGGUUAUCAUGUGUGAAGUCAAUGCCUACUCCCUUAUGCUCUUUCCCCUCUUAUAAUAUUUUUUGCAUUGAGAGAAUAGAAAUUCUGUUAACAGUGUAAUAAUGAUGAUCGGAGGAUGAUGAUGACAAUUUUUUUAACUUGGACAAAAAAUGGGCAAGCAUAAGCAAUGGGUUUUUUUGCACAAGUGCAGUAGCAAGUAAUUUAAAAUCCAACAUUGAUUUAUACUUGCAAUUACUUAUGAAAUGUAAAACAUGGGUUGAAAGUGUUGCAGAAUGUACAUGUAGACAUUGAUUGAAUAUUAUGAAACUCAUAAAAUUUUUCUUUGUGAAUUUUUAAAAAUUUAUGCAGUGUAAAGUUUGUCAAACCAUUUACCAGCUAAGAAAAGGUAAACUGGCCGAGUGACUAGGUUCAAGUUAAGUGUUGUCUUAAGUUUUGUGUCUUGUCAAAAAGCAACUUUCUCAGUUUGGCCACCUGAUGAAGGUAUAGUAAAUCACUUUAAAAAAACAAUUAGUGAUUUUUUUAGAGGAAUCUUUUUGUUGACCCUUGUUUGAUUUGAUUUUUUUCACUGUUUGUUUUAUUUGCUCUGUAUAGGUUUACAUCAUUGACUUUGGUCUCGCAAAGAAGUACCGUGACAGUAGAACAAAAGCACAUAUAUCAUACAGAGAAGAUAAGAAUCUCACAGGCACUGCAAGAUAUGCUAGCAUAAAUGCCCACCUUGGAAUUGAGCAAUCGUAAGUUUAAAAUGUUAAGGUAGAGAUGAAAAGUAUAACAUCACGUUAUCAUAGUUGCAAAAUUUCUGGAUCACAAGAACAAGGAGCUAAAGCAAGGACGACAGGGAUGGCAAUGAGAAUGGCCAAAAAGUGGUAGGAAAAACAACAACUUUGCACGUGCAUCAUGCUUUUUUGUUCAUUUCUUAGCCAUCCUUGCACGACUGCGACAUGAAACAUAAUCGUAAUUUCACUCGCCCACUUUUUGGAGUAGGUGAACACAUGACAAAAAUUUUCNGCAAAGAAGUACCGUGACAGUAGAACAAAAGCACAUAUAUCAUACAGAGAAGAUAAGAAUCUCACAGGCACUGCAAGAUAUGCUAGCAUAAAUGCCCACCUUGGAAUUGAGCAAUCGUAAGUUUAAAAUGUUAAGGUAGAGAUGAAAAGUAUAACAUCACGUUAUCAUAGUUGCAAAAUUUCUGGAUCACAAGAACAAGGAGCUAAAGCAAGGACGACAGGGAUGGCAAUGAGAAUGGCCAAAAAGUGGUAGGAAAAACAACAACUUUGCACGUGCAUCAUGCUUUUUUGUUCAUUUCUUAGCCAUCCUUGCACGACUGCGACAUGAAACAUAAUCGUAAUUUCACUCGCCCACUUUUUGGAGUAGGUGAACACAUGACAAAAAUUUUCUUUUUCCAGACUUUUAGAUUCAACCCUUAUAAAUUUCACCAUUUUUUGACAAAUUAAAUGAUAUUGAAUGAGAUCAAUGAAGUUUGAAACAGCCCAAAUUCACUUUUUAAUAGAAGUUUCAGUUUGUUGUCGUCCAGGAAUUUUGCUUCCAUGGCAAUGUGACAAAACUACUUCUCCACUCUGUACAGUCAUAUAGUAAUAUUAUUGUUCAGUACUGUCACUAAAAUUCAAGUUAUCUGACUUACGCAAUAAACUAGGGUGCUCUUUAUGUUCUUUUCUCCUCUUGUUUUCUUUCAAAGUAGCUGAAGGUCGUGCUCAUUGUACAGGUAGCCAAGGGAAACCCCCAGUUCCUGGUCCCCAGCCCCCGCCCCCCUGCUCCGGCCCCCGGCCCUUGGCCUCCGACCUCCGACCCUGCCCCACCCCUUUAUUAGUGACAGCCAUGUUUGUGUCAGCGUAAGGAGAAUAAAGCAGACUGAGGUUAUGUUCACACCAUACUGGAUAGCUUUUACGGCGGCACGAAAACAGUACCGGAUUUAUAAGGCUUCCCUAUCACAUGUAACAACGGUGAUUUCGAUGCUGUGCCAAUCUUUAAAGUGGAGAGUCACAUAUUGAAUAGGUGUUCAUACUAUACCGAAUAGCUUUUCAAGUCGGCAUGAAAAGCUAUUCAGUAUAGUUUCUACAUAGCCUGGAAUGAAGACUAGCGCUGUUUUUUGUGGUCUUGUCUGAGUUGUCCCUGCAAUUUUGUGUGAAAUGUUAAUUCUUUUUACCAGGCGGCGAGAUGAUAUGGAGUCACUAGGAUAUGUACUGAUGUACUUUACAAAUGGGCAACUUCCAUGGCAGGGUCUCAAGGUAAAAAGGGUAUUUGUCAAGUGCAUUUUAUUGAAAAUUGAUACACUUAAAGAACGUGCCUGUUACUGACAAGCUAACAAAACCAUAAGCAAGUGAUUUUUUUCCAAAUAGUUAUUGCCUCAUGACCAUAGGCCUCUUGCAAUAUUUGAUCACGUGAUCAACUCUUUGUAAACAUUAAAACAGUUCGCUUUGGAAAAAUGAUGCUAGCAGCAAAUUGAAAGAGCAUAUUAAAAUUAGGUGACCUGUAAAUUUGCAGCUGUAUAUCUCAAAAGUAGCGUUUACAACGGCUACCGAAAAUUACAAGGAUUUGUAUGGGAAAAAGUGCUCUUGCCGCCCAGUCAUGGUUGUGUGGAUGCGGCUGAUAUUGGUUAUCAGAAUGGGAUUUGUAAUGCUAACCAAGUGGCGACGACAACGAAAAGAGCAAAAGAAAGAACAACAACCAUGGGUGCGUUCCUUUGAGAUGAUCCGGAUCAGGAUCAGUGAUCCGAGAUCACUCGGAUCAUGGUAGAUCAAAUGAACUGAUGAAUCCACUCUGGACAAGGAUCCAUCGCUAAUCCACAUAGAAACACACGCCUAGUACAAAGACGUACAAAUAUAUGCUAACACAGCGUCUUGUCCUUCUUAAAAUGGGUCGUUUUCAAGUGUUUUUUUUUAUCGUAUUGGUGUCACUUUGUUAAUGCGUAUACAUUCUCUGCAUGGCAGAAAAGUGUGAGUAAUGGGUUUUGUAUUUUAGGCUGCCACAAAGAAACAGAAGUAUGAGAAAAUAAGCGAGAAAAAGAUGUCUACUCCAGUUGACGUUCUUUGUAAAGUAAGUAAAAUUUUACAUCUUUAUAUAAUGCGACAAUCCCCCUCUGAACAAUUCGCAAGUGCAGAAAGUACAAUGUAGUGGUAAUAGGACUGAGGGAGUCCAAUUCGGUCUUUAAUCACACGAGUUGCAGAUCAAAUUGGACGAUAUGAAGGUAGAUUAGCACUACCGAAUACAGGGCUAUAAACAGAAGUGGCUCGGUGGCUCGCUAAUCCUGACAAGUGUUUAAAAAACGAGAAAGAUAUAAGACAUAUAAGCAUAAGACAGAGAUAAAAAAGACAUAAGAAAAAUAAAAUUUAAAGAGCAAGGAAAGGUAUAUAUUUUCGUGGCUUUUUGGUUCGAUGGAUCGUCGAUCAGUCGAGGUUAGCGUCUUAAAGAACGAGAAAGGUAUAUAGUUUAGUGGCUUGACGGUUUGGUGGCUCGUCAGUCGAGACUACCGAGCCGCCGAGCCGCCCCAGCAAAUAUACUGAUAGAAAAUUUGCCCUAUAUCGGGUAGUUAAGCCGCAAAAUCCCUCUCUCAUAGUUCGCAAGUUCAGAAAGUAGUGGUAACAGGACUGUGGGAGUUUCUCGCGACUCGUUGCCGCUUCGUGGCUCGCUCUCUCUUUCCCGAAGAAAAAUUUCAAGAAAAACCUCUGGGACCGGCGUAGUGGGAGUCCAAUUCGGGAUUUGUGGAAUGACCUUCCACGAGUAACUGUCAACGCAACUGUCCUAUUACGGCGCGCUUGAUGGCUCGGACUGUCCAGUUAUUUGGGCAACGUUUUUGUUGCAGUAAACAAUGCAAAAAGGCAAGGCAAGAAGCAGUCCUCUACGUUGUGUGACGCUGUCUAGGAACUACCCCAAAGGGAGGUUGGCAGGAAGCCCAAGUGGCCAGAAGCGGAAAAGCUGCCAUUUUUUGCCAUUCAUAUUUUUCAUUCUUUUGUUGUUGAAAAAAAAAAUUGAAACGGCAACAAACUUCUGAAAUGGCCUCUUUGUUGGAUACUUUGAUGUUGCUUAGUAGACUUUUAGGUCAGUGUUGUAUUGAAUUUCAUUAUCAUCACCACGUAGCCGUUUUUGUUUCGUCACGCAACGCUUAUCCUCUCCUCCUCCGCUUGGGGAGGAGCGUUGCGUGAUGAGAGGAAAACGGCUGUGUACGAGACUAUAUGGGGACGCUGUCGCUCGUUUUGAGUCCAUUUCGAGUUUGGAAAACGAACUUGAAAUUCGCCCUCCAAACAGUUCCUUCGUACAAUUCAACGCAGCAUUAAUUGAAUGUCACGCUAGUCUCCUUAGCAGCUGUUUUUUCAUGCUCCUACCCUAGUUUCUUGGGGAGGAGUGUUGCGUGACGAGACAAGAGAUGAAUGUCACGCGAGACCUCCAAAUGGCUUAUGGUUAAACUGUUUCCUUAGGGAUGUCACGCGGAGUUUGCCAUGUACCUAAACUACUGCAGAGGGCUGCGGUUCGAAGAAGCACCCGACUACAUGUAUCUCCGACAACUGUACAGAAUUCUCUUCAGAACACUAAACCACCAAUAUGAUUACACAUUUGACUGGACGCCUCUGAAGCAGGCUGCCGCAGCUAGCAAGGCCCCUGUUCUGUCAAUGAGUGCAGCGGCAACAAGAAAUCCUGGAACAGCGCCACCGCAAACCAGCAGCCCCGCCAGACAUAAACAAAGGACAGGCCGUUAG